ACUGCCGCGGCGUCUUCAAUUUCCUCGUCUUCGCCAGCGGCGUCGUCUUCUUCACGCGUCGGUGACGGGUCUUGUUCUGCUUCUUCAGGUGGAAGCUCUUCCCCAAGACGUAUGAGCACUUUCUCGCAGCGACUGCGCAGCCGGAACCUUCCGUGGUUCGGGGGGCGACGCAUCAUCUUGUGCGACCCGGGUGGCGGGGUGAUGCGCGGGGGCAACCAGAUCCGCAUGAAGAGUGCAGAUCGUCGGAAGCCGAGGUAUGAGCGCCAGUGGAACGCUGCGUUUGGUCGUCCGCCUGCGCGCUCAAAGGUCCAGGGAGCUUUCAACUCCAUGCGGCUCGGGCUCUCGCAGCUGGAGGGCAACACCUUUUGCGAGGACCGCUACGCCUUUGACGAACUGUACGCAAACGGGUCUAGCGUGUUUUUCGUUUCAGUAAUCGACGGGCACGGCGGCUGGCAGGUGGCGCACUUUUUAGAACGAGAGCUGCUCCAGCAAGUGCGGAAACGCAUGUUCGGCGAAGAUGCACGAGGAAAAUCGGGGAGCUACUUCUCUCCCCACAAUAUCACAUCUGACAGCGAAGAGAAAGGCGGCUACUUCUUCGGUCUGGGAAAAAAAGGCUCGCCUGGAGAGUCCACACCUGUCGCUGAUGCAGGGGCAAUACAAGUAAAAUUAACCACUUGGUCCUGGAUGUUGUAGUUGUUGUAUUUGGUCGAUAAGCAAUAUCGAGUAGCUAGUCUAGUAAAAUUUGUGAUGAAGUUGCAGCGCUUUUUAGUUUAGCAAGAUGAAAUCCGAGUCGUUACGGCAAAUUUACAUCACAUUGAAGAAAUCUCGCAUUUCUUUCGACGAAUCAGUUUGAUUCUAUUGUGCCGACCGCGGUUGAUGCUCAAGGGAUUGGUCGCGUGCUGACGGAGGCUUACAACGAAGCUGACGAGACGUUGAAGGCGAGAAUAUCUUUACGGCUAGAAGUGGUACAUCCUCAGCAUCUCGAAAGAUGUGUGCUGUUGAGUCACACACUUCGUAUCGUGAAAAAACGAAGCAACAUGUUGCGAUUGUCUUGACAUGACGAAAAAAACGCGCACUUACACCUAGACGAACCGCUGCACGAAACAAUAAUGACAGGGAUGAAAUCCAAAAUUUCAUGUUCGUGGAGCACAAGAAGAUGCUCCCCCUUCACAUCCUGCUUCAUCUAACGUGUGCUUCAGUGCAGCUCGGUUUUGAUCGUUUUGUGCGACUUGGCGCCUGUGUGAUUACGUGUGCCAUCACAGAUGGACAUUACGUUGUAGCCAACGCCGGCGACUGCAAGGCACUGCUGUGUCGCGGAGGCAAAGCUGUUCCUCUCAGCCGCCUUCACAAUUUGAAUAUGCCGGAGGAAAGGGAGAGGCUGCGGCAGGAACGUCCGAACGAGAAAGACCUUGUGCAAUGCGUCCACGCUUGGAAAGAUCCCGCAACGUCUAGGGUACCAACCUAAGAACUAACUUUGAUAUCAUUGUUUUUAUUUUACGAAGGAAGAGCAAGCCUAGACGAAUAUUAUAUCACAAACAUAGCACGAAUUUUUGCUUGCAGCAGUUCUUUUUUGACAGAGUAAAUAAAACCUUUAUGCAGUUAUACGAGAGGCCUGGACCCGGGUUGGAGAAAAUCGAGACCGCGUGCUAUGUCAAAGGCGUUCUGCAACCCACACGAGCCUUCGGGGAUUUCGCUCUCAAAUCUGCAGACCUUAACAUUACUCUAGGUAGCUUCCCCGGCUCAGGCAGCAAAAGCGUCUAUGCGAGGGUAUAAUCACUUACAAAUUUUGUGGCUCUCAAAUGAUGUACUAGACGAAGAUGGAUGCUACGUAGGCUCGUCCUCUAGUAAGAUCAAGAGCCAGCAGUCUACUAGAAGAUAUUUAUCUUUAUUAUAUUUAUAAUAAAUAUUACUUUGUCUUUGUUCCAUCUGUUUCUGCGAUUCAAAAAUGAAAUGCGCGUGGGCAACGGCAACAGGCUCAGAGCUCCGAAUCAUGAACGCAACACCAUUUCAACCAGCCUGUUGUGAACGGAGCAGAUUUCAGCAAGGGACCAUACAUCACAGCGGCGCCGGAGGUGAGGAUUGUCCCACGUGAAGCGGGUGACGAAUUUGUGAUUGUGGCGAGCGAUGGCCUCUAUGACUUACUAUCUGACGACGAGAUUGUCGAAGUCGCACGCGCCGCAGGGAAUCCCGAGCUCGCAGCGGGUGCCCUCACUGAGGCAGCCAAACUCCGAGCAUUGGAGGUAAUUACAACGAAAGUCUGACUCGUCUGAGAAGUCUGGUGGCGUGAAAUUAUAACAGAGCAAUUUAUAAGGUUUCACCGCUCGCAUGGCAUGGAGUGCAUGGAUCACAUGGAGUAGCAUGGAGCUAAAGGGGGAGCUUCUUGCGCCCCUUAAAGCUCUGCCCUCCAUGCUACUCCAUGCACCACGCGCGCUAUAAACUACUCUGUUAUAAGCAGGAAAUUUUUUUUGAAGAGCACUUUUAGCGGGUGACCUGCAGACGAGCAUCGACGAGUCAGGCCCUUCAACCUUCCCUGGAAUGCAAUGCGUUAUGAAUUUGAAUUUCAUGAUCUUCCAGGAAUUGGGUCUCUCCGCGAAAGAGUACGAGUCCUUAACUCCAGGCGAUAGGCGAGACGUCCACGACGACGUCACAGUUGGUGUUUUCUACUUGGAAUUUCCCGAUCCUUGGCGACAGAAAAUAUCGCGAGUUUCGGAGCAACUUCAGAGUGUCUGCGACGAGGUCUUAAAAUCCGCUGGAAGCAAUCUCAAGAAUGGCAAAGGCAGCAUGGGUAUCUGAAAAUAACAAGACGAUGAUGAACCGGAACGCGUUAUAUCUUCUUGGUUUUGGUUAAUUUUCAAAUCGGAAAGUAAUAUUAAAUAAUGCAAUGCCAUGACCUCAAGCUCAAAAACUACAGACACGUACACGCAGGUAUGCAAGAAUUUUCCGUCUGUAUCGCGGAUCCGUCAUUAGAAGACUGUCCUUUAGUUGCAGUAAGCAAGGGAUUCGAGCGUCUUACAGGAUACCGGGUAGAGGAUUGUGUCGGCCGCAAUUGUCGUUUCCUGAAUUACGGAGUCCCACAAGAAAAACUCGACAACGAAACGGCAUCCAGACUCCGCGCCUUCACUGACGUACACUAACAGCCUUUUUAGAUGCACAGACUUAUACCAGAGUAAUUCGUAAGGUUUGCCAGCUCGCAUGGCAUGGAUCGCAUGGGCUUGCAUGGAGCUAAAGGGGGCGCUUCUUGCGUCCCUUAUGGGUCUGCGCUCCAUGCACCCCAUACUACUCCAUGCGUGCUCUAAACUGCUCUGUUAUACAUUCAUAUACACAGUCAGAUAGUUACAGAAAAGGCAAUUUGUCAAUUGUAGUAAGCAAGAGCUGACAAUAUAAAUUUCCCCGGGGUGCUGCAUCGAGGCAAUAUCCUGCUUUGUUUUCAUUGUUGGAGUCAACCCAUGCAGAUGGAUUCUGGACACUCAAUUACUUAUAAAUAUUUUUUGUAUUAACGACGCCGGACCAGGUAGCAGUUUCCGGCGACCCCCUCGCCGUUGCGGGCGCCAACGUGGCACCACCGCGAUGGGCGCAAGACGUUAUCGGGGGCGGAGCGUAUUUCCUGCGAUGGAAUCGAACAAGAAGUGGGGAAUUAUUUCAAAACUUGUUUCUCCUUCGGCAGAUCUGGGCGGAAGACCGCACGUAUCUCAUCGCGCUCCAGACGAAACUCGAAGGCGACAUUGAGAAGGUUGGGGGUUCCAUACUGGAGGAACUGAAUGCUAGUUGCGACAUGCUCAGUCGCGCAAUCACCCGUCGCAUGACGGGCUUGGAGCAGGUUCUCCAUCCCUAUCCGGAUCACGGCGAGGAGCCGCCGAAACUGAAGGAAGUGAUGCGUAAAUUCAGAAAGAAGACGAAGUCAAACGCGACUAGAUAACGACGUACUAGAGAAGUAAUACACGUACUACCCUUCUGUCGAAAAACGGUGUCUAACGUCUCCAAUGGCUCAGCAUGCUCAUGCUCGUCAUCCCGAUGCUGCUAAAAAUAAUUGAAAUUGUUUACGUCGAUCGAGUAGUGCUCACGAUUCUGGGUAAAAAUGUGCUAGAACGGGGAAGCAAAAGCUGACUCAGUUUUUAUUUAGGCAAUCCUCUUUAGUUACUACAACUUGUUCUUUACGUUUGCACGCGUGCCUAGCUGUGGUUUCCCGUUGUGCGGAGGAUUCGCCGUUAUUGUUUGUGCACAAGACUGGCUUCUGUUUGUGUACAAGUACGUAGGAGCUGUCUUCCGUGACAGUGUAACAACUCCUUACUCUGAACGGGAGCGGUAGCAGAAAGGGAAGCUUGAACAUCGAUUGCCGCUGUUGGAGUCGUUCUUUUUAUCCGCAGGGCUCUUCUGUUUUACAAACAACUUUUUUAUCCGAUGAAUAAUGAGGCUCUUUGUCGCAAUCGUAGUUCAUACGACAGGAGCUUUAUUCAUUGCAUAUUGUCCGUGUUUUUGCUUCGAGUGACAGUGCGCUUCAUGAGGUAUCGAAAUUGCUGAGCACUCUAAGGACUACAGGAUGAAAAUCUACCAGCCAACCCGCGCUGCAGGAUUUUCUUCAGCCAGUUCAGCAUCUCCGUUGCUCUACUUGUUGGUAACAUGUACAGAUCGGACAAGCACUAGGUCUCACAGGAUCUUGGUUCGAGUGCCACUGGUUUUGCGUUAUAACAGCUUUUGAAGAUAGCCAGUACGUUACGUACGUGCCAGCGAUGAGACCACAUCUUAAAUGUAGUGUUGAUGAUAACCUAUUGGAAUACAAGCAUCCUCGGUUAGCAAUGAGCAAAAAAUGUGUAUUCUGUUGCGAG